AUGCCUCCGAUUGCGAUUGAACCAAGUGCGGCCUCGGCUGCAAAUCCCCAGCCGCGAACUUUGCCUCGAAGCACGAUGCCCAACAAUGAUUUUAACUGGCAAAUAACGUUGGAUCACAAGGUGGUGGCCAUCACAGGUGCUAACCGGGGGAUUGGGCUUGGGAUCGCUGAAGUCUGCCUCGCGAAUUCAGCCCAGGUGGUUUACUCUUUAGACCUGAUGGAGCCAGGGGAGGACUUUCUCAACCUGCAAAAACGAUACUCCAACUUCCAAUUUAUUCAGACCGAUGUUACCUCCGAAGAAAGCGUUCAGAAGGCUGUCGACCAAGUGGUUGAGGAAACCGGUCGCAUUGAUGGAUUGGUGGCCAACGCCGGUAUGACGAAACAUCAGCCUGCUCUCGACUUUGAGCGGCCCGACAUUGAAAAGCUGUUCAAUCUCAACGUUUUCGGGGCUUAUUCUUGUGCGCAAAUUGCGGCCCGUAAAUUCAUUGAACUCGGUAUCAAGGGAUCAAUUGUCAUGACAUCCAGCAUGACCUCCUACCGACCGAAUCGAGCCGCACCGUCUGCCCCAUAUGGAGCGACCAAGGCCGCUGUUCGGAAUAUGUGCCACACCCUCGCUAUGGAAUGGAGCGAGCAUGGCAUUCGCGUCAACAGUAUAUCGCCUGGUUUCGUCCGCACUGCCAUGACAUAUUAUGUAGAAAAGGCGGCCGACUGGGAUCUCAAAAUGCAGUACUACGGCGGGAUGCCGCGCCUGGCAGAUCCUCGCGAGUUGGGUGGCGCAUAUGUCUACCUCCUCAGUGAUGCGAGUUCUUAUACCAGUGGGAUCGAUAUUCCGAUCGCAGGGAUCGUCGGGGCGUGGUGA